AUGGAGCUAGAGGAGCAUGUGAGAAUUCUAAAAAUGACCAAGCAACAGCUUCAGGAGGAAUGCCAGAAGCAGAAUAUAUCCUGUGAGAACAAGUCUGUAGAUGAGAUGAAGGCUCUCCUGCUAAGUAAGUUGAUGGCAGCAGGGGCAGCUUCAGCUCUCACUACCCAAACAAGCCCCAGCCCAAACGAUGCAGUCCGGAUCCAGGAGUUAGAACUGGAAAAGUUGAGGCUGCAGGCAGAGAAAGAGAUAGAACUCCAGAGGCUGAGAAUCCAGGAGGAGCAACGCAAAGAGGUGCAAAGACAGGAAGACAGAGAAGCCCGCAGGAGAGAGCGCGAGUGGGAGGAAAAGAUGCUGGAGAGAAAGGAGAAGAUGCAGCAGGAACAGAGGAAGCAUGACCUCGAGAUGUUGCGUCUGCAGGAAGAAAGCAGCAGGAAAAUAAAUGUUACCCCCAAAGACUUUGCACAAUACAGGGAGGGGGAGGACCCCUCCAUAUAUCUUGCAAAUUUUGAAAAGGCAGCUAUGCAGUGGGGAAUUGCAGAGGCCCAGUACAUGUCCUACCUCUGUAGCAUUCUUACUGGGGAGCUGGCUGCCAUCUAUCAUAGCAUGCCAAGGGCGGAUGGGGGAGUAACUUUUAAAGAUUUCAAAGCUACUGUGCUUAAAAGGUUCAAACUGGGGGCUGACCACUUUCGAAAGCAAUUUCGGGUCUUAUCUCCCCAGCAAUGCAAAACGUAUUCUGAGUAUGUGGUGAAAAUGAGUGAGAUGGGGAGGAGAUGGGUGGAAGAAGCCAAAGCAGGGGACUUUGAAUCAUUAUUCCAGUUACUGGUGCUAGACCAACUCUAUUCCAAACUCCCCAAGGAGCUGAAAUGUCUGGUAAAGGACAAGAGGCCCAAAAAUGCUACUGAGGCCUCAGAAAUUGCGGAUGAGUUGGUGCUGAACAGGGAGGGGUUGGACUGGAGGACUUCCCAGUUGGGAAGGGAAGGGAAAGGGUUCCAGAGGGGUGGGAAGGCAGAGUCUCAACCAAAGCGGGAAGGGGCUGCUGCUCCGGCAGAGGUUAAGAAAGCCCCAGAUUCGGCUAAUUGGAACCGGCCUCAGGUUAGGAAAUGCUUUAUCUGUGAGGGCACCGACCAUUUACGGGCGGCGUGCCCACAGUUACAAGUAAAGACCUCCAAACCGCCUCCAAAAGCACCAACCAGCCCAAAGGUAAAGGAGCGGGUGGCUGUGGUGAACCAUGAGUGCCUCUUUACCACAAUGGAGCCUGCAGAAGCCUGGGGUGACUAUGUGGAGCCAGUGCGGCUGAGGGACCAGCUGGUUCUCGGAUAUGCUGACACAGGUUCCUCUGUUACCCUAGUGCGAGCUGAUCUGGUGUCAGAGUCUGAUAUUCUGCCCAACACAUCAUUUAAAAUCCAGGGGAUUGGUGGGAGCCUCCUGACUGUUCCUGUGGCAUGGAUGCCUGUGGAAUGGAGAGGGUUGGUGGGCCUCACGGAAAUGGGGGUUAUGAAGGACCAGCCCUACCCUGUGUUGAUUGGCCGGGACCUUCUGGGAGGCCAGUACUCAGUAAAUGUGGUAACCCCCAGCCAGACCCAGAGUGGGGGGGGGGGGGGGGAAAGGGUCUCUGAGGAGACCAGGACUCCACCUGCUAGGGGGGAGGUUGGGGCCCCAGGUACUACAGGGGAAGGGGGAGCCCAGAUAACCCAGGAAGGGGAGGGCAAACCCAUCUCAGAAACUGAGGGUGGGGUGUCACAAAAAGCAGUGAGAGGGGGCAGUUCUCCCCCGACACAGCUGGAGGCUGUGGAUCUUUCUGGCAAGGAAGAGUAUCUGUCUUGCUCUGGUGGUGAGCAGACAGAGGUAACAGGUAGAGGGGGCAGCUCCCCCCAGGUGCAGCAGGAAGCUGAGGGUUUCGAGGAGGCAGAACUAGAGGGCGCUGAGGCUGGCUUUGGCUCAGAGGAGCAGAUAGCGGAAUGUUUGGGUGCACCAGAAGGGUUUCUGAAAGAGGUUCAGUGUGAUCCUAGUCUGGAACAACUUCGCCAAGUGGCUAUAGAUCAAGAGGUGGAAUUCUCUGAGGCCCUGUCUGAGCAAGUUGUCUGGAAGCAGGGAAGGUUGUAUAGACUUUGGUUGCCACAGGGCAGACAGGUAACCGGGGAUGCCAUCAGGCAGCUGGUAGUGCCAAGGAAGUAUAGGAGGAGACUUAUGGAGUUGGCACAUGACAUCCCAUGUGCAGGGCAUCUAGGUAUCAACAAGACUAGACAGAGGCUUCUGUUGAACUUCUACUGGCCUAAGUUAGCACAGGAUGUGAGGGCAUAUGUUGAUUCUCACCCCCAGGACUGGGAUGAGAAGUUGCCACAGUUGUUGUUUGCCUACAGGGAGGUUCCACAAGAGUCUACUGGUUUCUCCCCUUUUGAACUCAUGUUUGGGAGAAGGGUCAGAGGGCCGCUAGAUCUGGUAAAGGAAAGGUGGGAGGAGAAGAUUCCUAAGGCAAAGAAGUCAGUGGUUGAUUAUGUCCUGUCAUUCAGAGAACGGCUUAAAGAUAUGAUGAGUGUUGUUCAGGAGAACCUAGCCAAGGCCCAAGCCACACAGAGCAGUUGGUAUGAUAAGACAGCAAGGUCUCGUACUUUUGAGUUAGGGGACAAAGUGAUGGUUUUUCUGCCUCUUCGCUCAGACAAGCUGAAGGUGGCAUGGGAAGGACCGCAUGUGAUUGUGGAUAGGCUGGAUGAUGUUACUUAUGCAGUGGCAUUGGAAAGGUCUGGGAAAAAGACCAAGGUUGUACAUGUUAAUAUGCUGAAGCCAUAUCUUGAGAGGAGGAUGGUGUUGAAUGUGACCAGGAGAGAGGAGGGAGACGAGGAACCAGAUGACACCUUAGUGGAUGUUUUGGCCCACUUCUCUGAACCUGCUCAGUGGGAGGAGCUGGUGUGGCCUGCAAGUGUACCGGUACUGGACAAGGAAAGAAUCCUGUCAGUGUUGCACAGGUUUGAGGAUGUUUUUAGGAAAGAACCAGGGAGGACAACCUUGGCUAAGCAUGGAAUAGAUACAGGGACCCAUGGACCUAUCCAGUGCCCCCCUUACCGGGUGAAUGGGCGAGUGCUGGCAGAUGUCCGGAGGGAGGUAGAAGAAAUGUUGGGACUGGGAGUGAUCCAGCCCUCACUAAGCCCAUGGGCGGCCCCUGUUGUCCUAGUGGCCAAGCCAGAUGGUUCGAUUAGGUUUUGUGUGGACUACAGGAAGCUCAAUAGUAUCACAAAACCAGACGCUUACCCUAUGCCUCGAAUAGAUACUCUGCUGGAUAUGCUUGGAUCUGCCAGGGUGAUAUCCACUGUAGAUCUUUGCAAGGGAUACUGGCAGAUGGAAUUAGAGCCAGAAGCCAGAGCUAAGUCUGCCUUUAUUACCCCAGAUGGACUGUAUGAGUUCACCGUUCUCCCCUUUGGCCUCAGAAAUGCGCCUGCAUCGUUCCAGAGACUGGUGAAUAACUUGCUGAAUGGCAUGUCUGAGUUUGCAGUGGCUUACAUCGAUGACAUAGCCAUCUUUAGCAAGGACUUGGAUUCACACCUGGAACAUUUAGCCAGGGUGCUGGGUGCCAUUCAGGGGGCAGGUCUCACCAUCAAAUUGAAUAAAUGCCAAUUUGGGAUGUCGGAGGUGGUUUAUUUGGGACACAGAGUGGGGAGUGGGAAUAUCACCCCAAUGUGGGACAAGGUAGAGGCAAUCCGAAAUUGGAAGGCCCCAAGGACAAAAAGGCAGGUCCGGGCUUUCCUGGGCAUGGCAAAUUAUUACCGACGGUUUGUCCCAGAUUUCGGGACGAUAGCAGACCCCCUCUCCUCCCUCACCAAGAAAUCCCUCCCAGACAAGGUGGUUUGGACCCCAGUCUGUUAG